AUCAAUCCAGGCUACAUCUUCGCCUGCGGACUGGGAUCGACGAUGCUUCGUAGCUGUGUCCCUUCAUGCCAUGUGUAUCUUGAUAGUGUAAGCAUCUUCAAGCCUUUGGCUACAGGAAACAUCCCAGAUCCAUGUGUCGUUGCAGUCGAGUGAGUAUUGUACGUAUGGUAUUGAGGCUCUAUCUAAAGACACCCUCGUGGAGCACGUUAGCGAGACUCUCGGAGAACCAUUGGUCCAGAACGCUCGCUGUACGUUUUCCCUCGCUUUGGGCCGGCCUACCCUAACUCCGUGCAAUUGGCAACUUCCGCUAAUAUCGUAGCGCCGGACAACAUGUUCCUCGCUUCAUCGCCCAGAGAAUCCUGCUGGGGCAAACGAUCGGCCGAACUGGCACACGGAAUUGGUCGAUCUCGCUGGCGGGGCAGAUUAAUUUUAACCACUGAGACACUGGGCUGGACUGGGGGUGUACUGGGUACGUCUCUGUUAAGUCCGACGUGUAUACCGUAUGGAGUUACGAGUUCGUCGAGUACGGCGAAGUCCGGAAUUAAGCCCGCAGUAUUUGGAUGUACAUUGAUACUCUUUCGAGAGAGGUGCUGAUUGAAGAUAGCAAAUCAGUGCUAAGAAGAGAAUACUAGGAUCAAAUUUUUCGGCUUAUGUAUGCCUUACGCAAUGCCUUGGAUGCCUCAGUAUCCUGCACGCUACUGCUGUAGCUGCAGCACGGGGCCCUUCCAGUCAGCCUUAGACCAGGGUGCCAUGCGCUGAGCUAGGGGGUAAAGGAGGGGACAAAACGUGGCCUUCCUCGAGAUGUGGCAUGAUCUGACUGACUAGUAGUACCAUCGUCGAGGAUCAGGACUGGGCCCGAGACCGGCUACCACAGGCGUGUUUGUCACCCUUGACAUCUACCGGGUCGUCAAUGCAUAACUAUCUCACUUCGUCGCCCGGUGGUUGGUCCCCUCGGUUGAUCAUAAUACCACCUAAUAAGUAAUAUCGAUCCUGAUACGGCACGUUCGUCUAGGGGCUUCCCAUUAGAUGAAGAGAAAUGCUACAUCGUCAGCUCUUCUGGUACUAGUAUGACCAAAUAAAUGGAAAUUAAUUUCUUCAGCCGGUCCCACUUGACAGAAUCAAGAAAAUAACGACAGAUAACGCUGGAAGGAUUCAGAUCCCCGCUGGAACAUGCAGAGAGUCCAUGCAUGCGGACCUCCCACAUUGGCUUGGGCGAGACGCCGUUCACCAAACUAAUUGGCUGACAAGUCAUGAUUAAUUUACGGCCGCCAGUCUCAUUCGCCGGCCACCGUUAUUGUAUAUCUGCCAAAACCUGAUCCUUGCGGAUGCCAGGUCCAUUGGAAUGUUCCAUCCGACCACACGUGUGCAAGAGCCUCUGUUACCAUUUCACGGCGAUCACGCAC